CACAGAAUCACACUAAUUAUUCACUUACUGAUAUGGUUUCAUCAAGCUCAACCCUUCUGCCACUUCCCAUUGACCUUCACAUAAACACCAUGGGCAAUAAAAUCAGGGCAUGGGUCCCUUUUUGUUGUCUGGCCAAAGUAACCUGUUACCUUAAUUAUACCACAACUGCCGCACUCAUCGUGUGGCAAGACAACUCCAGGGGAUUCAACUAUAUGCCGGCAGAGAUAGACAGUCUUGUCGAGCAUUUGCUUGCACAUGAUCCAUGAGGUGUAACACAAUGUCAAUGUUGGACAAUAUCCAAACGUUGGUGGGUGUUGAAUGACUGCUUAUCGUGAAAGGCCGAUGCUAGGAGGGAAGUCUGUAGAAGGAUGAAAGGAGGAUGGUGGAGGGUAAGAGGAAAUAUUUGUAUUCGAAAUGUUCGACAAGAAUGAAGUGAAACCUACAAGACUAAGACCUUCGUGCUCAUUAGGAU